GGGCCAGUACAAGCCGGCAGGCGCUCCGGACCAGUUCGUGUUUUCCCGUCACACCGCGAAUCGCCGCCGUUGCCCCCGUCGUGGUCGUCAAUCGUCACUCGUCAUCGUUACCAGUUAACGCGCCGCUGCGACGACGUCGUCACCGCCGCCGCGAAAACGAUAUUCGAGAUCGCACAUUCGAUUGUCCGCGAACGAAAUCCGGUCGAGCCGCCGACGACAAUAUUUUAUUAUCGCAAUAAUAUUAUUUGAUUUCGGUUUCGUCGUCUGAACUUUGCGCGUUCGCCAAUAUUAUAAUAUGUAUGUUUGAAUUAUUUUUUUUUAUUUUUGCGACGAAAAAUUGUUACGAUCGUUCGUAUACCUCCUUUGAACUAUCUUUUCUGUGCGUUUUCGGCCAUGAGGACCAGACGGUGACGUCCGGAAAGCCGCUAUAGACGGAAAAGGACAUUUCGGCAGAUUUCCAUUGGAUAUGCUGUUCGCCUACACGUCGAUUUAAAAUCAAACAUGAAUCAACAGUGCAAAGUUUGCGGGGAACCAGCCGCCGGUUUCCACUUCGGGGCUUUUACUUGCGAAGGCUGCAAAUCGUUUUUUGGACGGACUUACAACAACCUGAGUUCGAUAUCGGAAUGCAAGAACAACGGCGAGUGCGUGAUCAACAAGAAGAACAGGACGUCGUGCAAGGCGUGCAGGUUGCGCAAAUGCCUCUUGGUCGGCAUGUCUAAGAGCGGGUCGCGGUACGGCCGCCGGUCCAAUUGGUUCAAGAUCCAUUGCCUGCUGCAGGACCAAAACGCAGCGGCGGCCGCAGCGGCCGUCGGUCACCACCAACCGCACCAUCAUCACCAGCACCACAACGGCAGCACUCGCUCGUCACCGCAUCACCAACAGCAGCAGCCGCCGCACCAUCAGUCGCAACCGCCGCCGUUCGGUUCGCCACUGUAUCCGGCCGGUCUGGUGCACCCCGGCCACCAUUUCCUGACCACCGAUAAGUUCCUGCAGGCCCGACUCAACGGUUACGGCGCUGCCGCGGCACUGAUGACGGCCGCCGUCCAGGACGACGCGUCCUGCCGGCGCCAAGCGGACGCCAUCAUGGGCGUACACCACCACCAACAUCACCACCACCACCGGAACCGUCAUCACAACAACAACAACAGCAGCAGCAACAACCUUAACAACAACGGCGUCGACCGAAGACACCGUCACCGUUACGACGAUGACGACGAAGAAGACGACGACGACGACGAUUGCGGCGGACGUCGUCGCCGUGACGACGACGACGAAGACGACGGCGAACGCAACGACAACAACAACGAGGACGAAGACUCGCCAAAGGGCGGACGCCGUCGUCGGCGCCGGCCUUCCGCUUCCGACGAUUCGGGCGGCUCGUCCAUGCCCGACGACGAGGACAACCGCGGCAGCAACCAUCACCGCCGCAAGACCGCCAGUCCCGUGCUCCGGCACCACCACCGCAGCCCGUCCUGCACCACCGGCGGUACACCGCCCGCGUUCCGUCAGCUGUCCACGUCGCCGUCCGCUUCGUCCACCGGUUCCGGUGACGCGAAACGCAUCCGGAUGUCGGUCAGCCCGUCGUCGGCCACCGUCGGCUCGUCGCCCGUUUCCGGUUUCCACUCGCCGUACUACCCGCUGUCCGUCACCCGGCCCGGGUUGACGCCGUUCGUGGGCGGCGGCCUGACGCUGUCCAUGGCGGCGGCCGGCUGGCACGCAGCCGUGGCCGCGGGUCGCACGGCCGCCGGCGGCGAUCUGCUGCUGUCCAGCCCGGCGCCGGGCGGCGUGGCCGUCGAACAGGAAUACCCCAUCGACCUGUCGCUGAAGACCACGGCCGCCAAGUACAACAGGUCGCCGCCGCACGCGCCCCAAUCCGCCGGCGGACGGCACUCGGUGACCGACGACCCGGAGGCCGCGGCCACGGCCACGACGCUACCGCCGUCGCCGCUGGACCUCACCAAACGGACGGCCGAAGUCUCGUUCGACUGAUGACCGGCGCGCAUACGACGACACAUCGCUUCCGCGGAAGAGGAACCUUGCAGCUACUAUACUACCUAUACCACUACUACUACUACAACUACUACUACUAUCUACUAUUAGUACCACCUAUAUCACUGCUGUACGAGCUGUGUGACGCUUACACCGUUGUCGUCGCGUCCGAAAGUAGAAUUUUUUUUUUUAUUGAAAUUUUUAUUUUUUUUUUUUGUUGGCAUCGUCCUAGUCAUUGUAUAGAGAAAAAAAAACGAAGUAAAAAAAAAAUGAAAAAAAAUAACCGAUUCGUAAAGGCUUGCGAAGUGCCCAAAUAACGAACGACGCCGCGAUUCGAAUUUAAUCUCGCGGCUUGGGUGGGGGGGAGCACGCGUACUUCGGGCUCGGUGAACAUACAUAUACGCACUCAUAGGUGAUAUUACUAUAUACCGGUUAUACGGUUACUAUGCGGUGUGGUGUGCGCGUGUUUACAUUGCGGUAACCCUGUUGUCCAUUUCGGGUUUAGAAGACGAAAACAAAACGGGAAGAAAAAAAUAAAUAAAUACUGCAGUGGGCACAUCUCGCGUCAAAGACAAUAGGAGUUUGUCACACUCGGUAACAAUGCCGGUGGGCGGCUGUCUUCGCUACAACGCAUAUUGUGCAUAUUAUAACAAUAUAUAUAUAAAUACACACAUACACCCUAGGCCCACACCCGUAAUUUAUUACCCGUAUUUUUAUGUUACAUAUAUUAUAAUGUGUGGUCAACAAAGCAGUAAUUUAUUUUUCUUAAGACCGAAUGAGACAAACUGCAUACAUUAUUUUAUUAUUAUUAUUAUUAUCAUCAUUAUUAUUAUUAUUAUUUUUAUUAUUAUUAUUAUUAUUAUUAUUACGAUUAUUAUUAGAUACGUAGUGUAGUUAAAACCGAUAUUUAUAAUAUUAUUUUACUAUUUCUAUUUCGAUUAUAGAAUAUUAUAAAAACUGAAUAAUAAUUUAAACGAACGGGUCUCGUGUGUUAUUGUAGUUAUAGCUCGUCGUCUAUGCAAAACAUAUUGUAAUAAUAUAAUAUGAAUAUUAUUUUUAUAGCUACGUAAUAUUUCGUAAGAUUUAAUAUUAUUACAUUUUUAAUAUUGAUAAAUUGUUAUUAUUAUUUUUUUUUUUUCAUUCUUUAAGUUAUAGGGACUCGGCCAGUAAUAGCAUUGUACAUACUGUAUUUCAUUUAAUAUUAUAUUACUUUAUUAUGGUAAGACGUAAUUGUAAUUUUAUUUUAUUUUCGUUAUCUAUGUAUAUGUAAAAAUAAAUUGUAUAAAUUAUUAAAAUUAAGAACUUGUUAAAAAUGAAGAAAAAUGGAAAUAAAAAAAAAUUAGAUUUUAAAUACAA